GUGAGUUUACCCUAAUCUAAAUGUGACUUGGUGAGUACAUCACGCGUGGAAAGGCACGUAUAAACUAGACCUCAUCGUGAUUCACAAAGCACACUUGAUCGUUUUGAGAGAGGACAAGAUAGACAAUACUACGAGGACGUCUUCAUUUUAGGGCUUGAUUACCACUACUGACAGUGCAAAGUUUUAAUUCAAGUUAUGUAGUAAACAGGACGACCUAAAGACGAAUGAAAUUGAUGAAAAUCGAGUGAAGGUCUUGACAGAUAUAAAGAGAGGAUUCACAUCAGCGUGUGCUACAGAUGGGAUUUUACGAUCGCACAGGUUAGAAACCUCCAGUGCAGCUCACCAAGUCCGUUUAUUCCAGGGACAAAAUUUCUUUUGAGGGUCUUAAACAGUCGAGGAGGUUUCGGGUGAACUAAGUUUACAACCAUAAUUGCCACCCUCUCGUCGACAGAGUCGUUGCACGUAUGACAUAAGUGACAAUUUUUUUAAAACGAAAAACGUUAAAAUGAAAUCUGUGUUUGGACAGAAUUCAAACUUCUGAAUAAGAAAAAAAGAAAUUUACAUAAAGUGAACUUCGGAUGCAUAAACUACGCAACAAUAUUGUUCCAGGUAGCGCACGUGUACGAGUGACAUGUGCUGCGAUAUUUCCCUCUUCUGAGGUGAAAGGCGAUAAUUGAACAACGUUCUUGAAAGGAUGUCAUUAGCAUAUAAAACCUCGGUGUAGAGUUAAUUAUCUCAGAAAACAGGCAGUAAAAGUCUAGUUGGAUUCCCUCUUGUUAAGCAGCCGAUUUCUGAUAGGUGACUACUCCGAAAACGAAUUGAAGAGGUUUGCAGAGCAACAGGUUAGCUUAUCUACUUCUCCCCGUUGACAGUUGAUCGACAACGACGUUUUAGCUAAGUAAAGAUAUCGCGUAUUCGACCACAUACCAAUGACAAUGGCUAUGAAAACAUUUUACUUCUCGCCCGAGAUGUUACUGGCCGCCAAACACCGUAUGCUCCAGGCAGCGCACGCUGGCGUCGACAUGCCCGCUAUGCCACCUUUCCCCGUGCUCCCCCCGGCCAUGACGACCCAUUACUUCUUCAAUCCGCUGGAUCACUUCCUGCACGCCGCCAGAAGUCAGCACGAUCGCUUCAUGUUUCGUGAUCAGCAACCGAACCUACUCAGCGCCCCGUUACCAUGGGAGGAGAUUCGGUCUCCGUUGUUGGACAAGAAGAUGUUCCGUUGUCAUCAAUGCCAUUACAUAACGGACAGAAAAAACAAUUUGAAGCGUCACAUCAUAACCAUGCACCAGUCAUGCACAAAGCUUCUCGAGUGUUGUGACAUCAUAUUUCCAAAUAAAGCUAUGUUACGUCAUCAUGUCGUCACGUGCCAUCGCGAUGGCUACAACUGCCGUAUCUGCGGGCGGAGUUUUUGCCGAAAAGCGUUAUUAAAGCGUCACGUAAGCGUCCACAGCGGGCGUAAAGAUUUCGUGUGCUCCGUUUGCGGGUACGCCACCAGCCAUAAAAGUAACCUCGAACGCCACAAGAAGCGUCAUUCUGAAACACCCAGCGAACAAAGCUCACCCAUUAUUCAGAAGCAAUCUUCAACUGAAUCCGACAUUGACGUGGGAUCUAAUGAUCACAUGGACAUUGUGACGUCAUCAGACAUGCAUGACGAGCCAUACGAUAUGGAACACGAGGAGGAAGGACAAAGCAGUAAUGGUCGUCUUUCACACUCAAUGUCUGGAGGCUCGGCUCUCUCGUCUGAGGCUUUCUCCUCCGAUGAUAGUGACACUGACUAUAUCGAUGUGUGCGAUGACGACGACUUCCCGGUAAGGCGCACGAAACAGGGCGAUUAUCCACAUAAGAAGUAUCGUUACAAGAAAUCCCUGUUCACAGACCGCAUCACCUGUACGCAUUCUGCCGAAAAUAAGAAAUGCGGAAAUGGCGAAAGCUGUUGCCGGGAUGACGUCACACCAGAUUACUCCAGAAUUGGAGUUCUAAUCAAAGAAGAGCUGAGUGAUCCGGACGUCAAGGAGGCCAUGCCAAAUGGUCAAAGUGCGGAGAAGGUCAAGGCUACAAAAGCAGGAGAGGUUGCACUGAUAAACACUAAAACGGAACAAGAGGAGGCGCCUAUGGACGUUAAAGAAACAGGCACUGCCGUUGCUACUACCAACUCGUUGACAGCGCCCGGGGGGUCGCCUCGCCGCCUGUUUUCAACCCCAUAUAAAUGUCAGAGCUGCCAAAGAGUGUUUCAGAGCCAAGUAGAGUUGAGUGUGCACUGGAAACGUUGCCAAAUCGCCCUAGGAAGCGAACCGCUGCAGCGCUCUUUGGCGUCAAUGGCGGCCAAUUAGAAACCGCUCCUUGACGGUGCUUACGAACACAAGUCUGUUUAAUUCAAUGCAUGCCAGUGUACAUAAAUUGGAUUUUAUGUGUUUUGUCGUGUGAGCAGGGAUGAAUUUGAUUGUUUUGUUUCAGAGACAAUUUCUAUACUAAUGGACAUAAGGUAAAGCGCCGACAUUGUCAUUGUAAUUUACACUCGUGUUAAUCAGGUUUAGGAAUACUAUUGAAUGCCAUAUACAGCAUGCCAAAUAGCCCGUGUUACCAUAUAUGUGUACAGAUAUAUUCUGAUAUAUAUUAUUUAUUCGAAUCGGCCGAGGUGUACAGUAUAAUAUUUCGCAGUGUAACUUUAACUUUAUAACCAUGUAAAGAACAUUAUUAUACUUCAAUUAUUUUAAAUAGCUGUCAAUCUACAAGUGUAUCAUAAAGUAUUAAACUGAACAUUUCUAUAAAAAAUAUUUGAAAUCCUUGUACAUAGGUUUAAGGUAAACUGUGCAUAGUGUUGCCAUUUGAUUCCAGUAAAAGGCGUAUUUCUGGCUAUUGGGUUGGCUGUUUUCACUAUUUCAGUACAUUUAAUGCACUGGGACUAAUAAGCUAAAUGAGGCGUUAUUAUUGAACAAUCAUUAUUUAGAUCUCUUUUUAACUGAUGCUUUUCCUGUGUGCAACAUUCGUUCUCAACACACAUGCGUGGCAACGUGCGUGCUCACGCAGAUAAAUAGUAUAAAUACACGUGAUACGUAUGAUGUUAUACAAGUACCUAGCACUCAAACAACAAGAACCCUCUCCAACAAGCAUGAUUUGUUAUUGUGAUCAGUUUUAUAUUAGAUAUUUAAGUAUGUUAUCAAUCGUUGUAUAUUAGUUGCCAAAGUGGGUGUGUUAUUAAUAUAACUAUUUAUGUUUUGUUUUCUGCAUGAACACCAAUGUUGAUAUGGUUUGACAAAAGGGGAUGUAUAUAUACGGUGGUCUAUGAACAUAUUGCAACAAUUGCACUAAUUUUCAAGGACAUUUAAGUCGUGCCUGGUUCUGUAUUCGGUGAUUAUAAUCCAUUCAUAUAUUUCAUAUUUAAAUUGAUCAAUCGUUAAUGAUAAAUUUGUGGAGUUGUAAAUCUAUGUUUUAUUUACAUUAACUGGCUCUCUAUUUUUCCAUAUAUUCAUUAUGUAUUAGAAUGGAAUAAUUUGCACUACCAGUCACUUCACAAUUAACAACUGUUAUAUUAGCAGUUGUUAAUUAGGGGCAUGAUUUAGGGGAUUUGCUCGUUAGUCUACUUCUCUUCAUUAGAAAUACAAAGGAUCAUUAUUGUAACUGAUAUACCGGAUGUAAAUUGGCCUAACUGUACUAAUCUGCAGACACAUUGUAUUUCGUGUUCAAAACAGGUAUCCUGUACAAUUAAUAGUAAUUUUUUUUUCUCUGAUUAAUGAAUUCGUUUGCCUAGCGACGAAUAUUGCCGCACUUUGUCUUUGGUUAAUAUUUUAUUGAAGUUUGUUAUUUAUCU